AUGCAAUUAGGUAUACUUGGCUUUCUUGCAACAGGCACUGGUCCAAGUGAUCUCAAAGGCAACUAUGGUAUACUUGAUCAAAGAUUGGCGAUUGCUUGGAUCAAAUCAAAUAUUCAUGCAUUUGGAGGAAAUCCAAAUAAAGUCAUCACAUUGUUUGGUCAAAGUGCAGGUGCUCAAUCUACAGCAUUGCACUAUGUCACGAACGAGAUGCAAUCAUUUUUUCAAGCUGCUAUCAUUGAAAGUUGUCCUAUCACGAUUCCAUUCAGGACAUACGCAGAAUACGUCACUCCCACUGUUCUUCUUGCUGAAAAACUAAAUUGUACCAUUGGUGAUAUCGCAUGUUUUCGUGCGUCUUCGUAUAAAGAUAUUGCUGCAGCUCAAGCUAUAAUUAAUACCAUGAGCACAUCAUCACAAUUCCUACAGUUCUUCGAACCAUGGGUUCCUGUUAUUGACAGUUUAAUAGUACGCGGUCAACUCAUCGAAAUUAUUUCAAAUAUAUCUUUCCCAUGUAAGCCAUUGAUCAUUGGUACAAUGACCGAAGAAGCUUUAAGUUAUAUCUACGACGCAUUUCUACAACCGAUACCACCUUCCCAAUAUUCCCUAGUCGGUACGAAACUAUUCGGUAGCAAAUUUCCUGAAGUUGUUAAACGCUAUCCAGCACAAGGGCUUUAUGAUCAGCGUCCACUCUUGAGUCGACUCGCCACUCAAUGGGUAUUUGCUUGUCCAACGCGUAUCUUUGCUCGUAAAGUAGCUGCCUAUUCAUACGUAUUCGGUUAUCCCCUUGAUACUAGAGGAUUAAUAAAUGCAGGAGUUUGCAAUGGUCGUGCGUGUCAUGGUUAUGAAUUGGUAUAUUUAUUUCAAGCGUUUUGGGUUAAUUUUACUAAUGCCGAUCGAUACGUGUCUCGAACAUUAGCUACCUAUUGGACAAAUUAUGCCAAAAGUAAAAAUCCAAAUCGGCCAGCAAAUGUUCCUUUGAAAUGGCCAAAAUUAACUAGUGGAUGUGAGGAUUAUUUGUACUUUCAAGAUCCAGUUCGAAUUGAAAAAAACUAUUUGAAGAAUGAAUGUGACUUUUGGGAUACAAUUGGUUAUUAA